AUGGCACUAACGUCCCGUUCUUAUCCAGUUCGUGUGCCGGUGGAUUUCGGUAAAGACACGUCACUUGGAAUGCUUAAACAACCUCCUCGAACGGUUUCCGCUCGUCGCUCCGCCGUAAAAUAUCCCGGAAUAUUCGCACAAAUCCUAGAAAAAGUUGAAUCGGCACCAAUCAUAACAGUUCUCACCACCGCUGCUUCCGUGGCUGAAACGGCAAGGCUGGCUCGUUCGUUAGCCCAAACUUAUGUGCCUCCGGAGGUUCGCCACUACAUCUCAAACGAAUUCCGCUGCUUCUUUCACCGCCGCGUCGUUCCUUACUUUGAUCCGCAGAUGACGAUAACCAUCGAAGAAUUCGAAGGGUAUGAUCACAACGAAGUCUUUGAAGCCGCAGAGGCCUAUCUAGCCACCAAGAUCUCUCCUUCCAACAAGAAACUCAAAGUCAGUAAACACGACAGUGAAAACAACUACAACGUCUCCGUGGAACCUAACGAGGAAGUUGUCGACACUUUCAACGGCGUCCAGUUCCGGUGGCUCCUCCGUAGCCGCCGUGUUGACUCCAAGAACUCGCGCAGCCCGCCAUCCAAUGUCCGAUCGUUCGAGCUCAGCUUCCACAAGAAAUUCAAGGACGUGGCUCUUGACUCCUACUUGCCGUUCUUGGUGAACAGAGCCACGGUGGUGAAGCAAGAGAAGAAAACGCUCAAGCUCUUCACUCUUGAUCCAGAGAACUGGUAUUGGAGCUGCUCUGACCCGUGGACCUCUGUUACUCUUGACCACCCUUCUACCUUCAAGACGCUGGCAAUGGACUCAGAUGCCAAGAGAUGUGUGAUGGAGGAUCUUGACCAGUUUGUGCAGUGGAGAGAGUUUUACAAAAGGGUUGGUAAAGCUUGGAAGAGAGGUUACUUGCUCUACGGGCCACCGGGUACAGGGAAGUCAAGCUUGAUCGCAGCCAUUGCAAAUCAUCUCAACUUUGAUGUUUAUGACUUAGAGUUGACUGCGGUUAGAAACAACUCUCAGCUCCGGAGAUUGCUGCUUGCCACUGAUAAUCGUUCCAUCCUUGUUGUGGAAGAUAUUGACUGUUCGAUCAAAUUGAACAAUAGGACAGCUGAUGAUGACGAAAGUGAUGAUGAAAGCCCACGGUCCAAAAAGGUUACACUCUCUGGUCUCCUAAAUUUCAUAGAUGGUCUAUGGUCAAGCUGUGGUGACGAACGGAUCAUAAUAUUCACAACCAAUUACAAAGAGAGACUUGACGCAGCGUUGUUGAGGCCAGGACGCAUGGAUAUGCACAUACACAUGUCCUACUGCACGCCGGAAGCUUUUAAGGUUCUUGCUUCAAACUAUCUGAAGAUCGAAGAACAUGAGCUUUUCAGUGAGAUUGAGGAAUGUAUUAAGGCAACAGAAGUUAGUCCAGCAGAUGUAGCUGAGCAGCUUAUGAGGAAUGAUACUGUCAGUAAGAUUCUUGAGGGUUUGGUUGAGUUCUUAAAGGCCAAGAAGAUCAAGAACGAACAAGAAAAGGCCAAAAAGGAGGAGCAUGAGUUGGAGAACAAAGAAAAAGACUUGAAGAAGAAAGUAAAAGACUUGGAAAACAAGAAAACGAAAAAGCGAAAAGAUUGA